UGCACUUUUCUCUCCAUAUUCCGUUUUAUUCCUCUGCGUUUUACUCUCCGGCACACUUGGCUGUCAAACGGUACGAAACUCUUUUUUUUUUCAUCCGAUAUUUUUAUCGAUGCAAAUAGAAUAGAUUUUCGAAUCUGGUAUAUAACUGCAUCGCGUGGUUUAUAUAUAUAUAUAUAUAUAUAUUGCUAAAUUUGUCGUGACCGCAAUUUUAUGGUAUUUUGAGUUGUCUUAGAGGAUAGCACCGCGAUUUUGGCUUACCAUGACGGUUUGGUGUAAGCGUGGGUGUAUACAUCAGGUAUACGAUGUGAAAUUUGACUUGUGAUGCCCUGUGUCAAAUGUCACUGUAUGCCGUACGUGAUGCUUGAAAUGUCGUUAUAAUAAUGGUCGACGUUAUUAUAUUACUGAGACAUCAAUGUGAUUUGCGACUCUGAGAAGUUUGUUUGAAAAGAGAGAGAGAGAGAGAGAGUGUAUGAUCAUAAUGUUCCGUUUAAUCGAUUUCGAGCUGGUAUUUUCAUACUCUCUCGCAUAUAUUUUAUUAUAAUAAUGUGCGCUUGAUAAUUAAAUAAUUUUAUUAAACUGGCUUUAAAAUAGUCCAUUAUUUGUAAAUCACACAUUUCUUACAGUAAAAAAGCCUACUAUAAAAAUAUAUCUGAAAAGCUCAAUAAAAACUGACAAAACUAAGACCUCAAAUUUCCCAUCGUUAAAAAAACCCGAAAACUCAAACCAUAUACAGCUCCCCCCCCCCCCCCACAUCCCCCAUAUACAUCGGAGCAAAGCGCAGCAUCCCAGGGAAUCAAUAACUUGCUCCAGCCAGAAGAGGGGGGAAGAACUGCGGGAAAACGUCGCGGGGGAUGCUGUACUACUCUCGCAGUAUAGUCCUGUUGGCGUAACGCUGCAGUUGUUUCGCUUUUCAACUGUUUCCAUAGACAAAUAGGUUUUAAAAACUGAGCUGAUUAACGUCCAUUCAAUCCAGCGUGUAAGAAUAAAAAUAAAUAUCCAUGAUCGGCGAGCUUUCGAGCAACGGCGAGUCCCUGGACGACAUGUCCGAGUCGGUGGACGAGCUUCGUCAGAAACUGGCCAACAUGAAGCGUCUGAUGGAGGAGCGCAAGGGCACGACCCUCGGCGAGAUCAGCGCGCGCAAACAACGUCAUCAAACGGCCGACAUCAUCGACGGCAAAUUCCUCUCUUGGAUCUUCGGGACAGCGCUGGCCGCCAUCGUCAGUGUCAGCUUUUACGCGUUCUUCAACCUGUACCAAGCUGUGCGCAAAAAGUUCCCCUCGCCGCACACCGAACUGUGAGCGGACUCUUCGAUGAUGAUGAUGAUGAUGAUGAUGAUGAUGAUGAUGAUUAGGGGUUGGUUUUCAUGGUCGUCCGGUCUUGACACGCUGCGUAUUGUAUUUUGAAUUUGUAAAUCGAAUGUUGUGUAAUUUCAUUUCUUUAUCGUAAUAUGCAUCGUGUUAUGGGGAAAGCCUAAAAUUUUAUUUAUUACCUUCAUUGUCGGUAAGACACGAAAAAUGCAAUCAAAAUCUGUCAAUUAUUUGGCAAUCGAACACUGUAGACACGAUGAUUGAUUGUGCGUUGUAAAAGACUGGAAUUUUAAGUCUUGUUCGUUCGCGUUUUUGGAUUUUGAAUUGUAGUAACGAACGUGUAAUAAAGGAGAAGGAAUUUCAAAACCAGCACUUUUGGACAAUAUAACUGAUGAUGAAUUUGAUUUAGCGUAUAAACGUACAUGGGAACAGAAUUUAUCGAAAUUAAAUGGAUUGUAACUAAAUAAUAUACUUACGAAUUAUAUUCUCCGAGGCAGCGUAAAAUUUUUAUGGCAGAAGAGAUACUUGUAUGAGAAAAUAUAGUUGUAGGCGUUCGGUUUUCUCAUUCGAUUUUUCUAUUCGUUAGUUUUAACGUCAUCCGUCGGGAUUAUAGUUCUAAUUAUUUGUCAUAUGAUGUAUGUAUUAAGUGUACCUAUAUAUUUUAUAACUGAACAGUAAUUAUUGAUGAUGUUAUAAGAUUUUAUAAAACAUAUAAGUAUUUUGAAGUGUGUUGAGAGUGGAAUAUUGUAACGAAGGAAAUAAAGAUAACAUUAUAUGAA